AUGCCUUUCAACACAGAACGCGUUCUUCACCAAAAGACGGACACCAAACUCGACCUAUCAUAUGUUCCUUCUCUCCAUGCCACCAGCGACCUUCCUUGCCCGGAGGACAAGGACAAGGAACCCAUUCCCCUACCUCAUUAUGGCCCAGACGACAUCGCCCGCGUUCAAGCCAUGUUGACCCAUUUCAUCCCAGUCGAGCUGGCAGACGCCAUUCUGGACAUGGCUGAGUUCUGGCCUUGGAUCAGUGUCUCUCGGAAUUCAUACACCUCCGCGUACUCUGCUCUUGAAGGGCCCGAUUGCAACGCCCAAUGGUGUUACCUCGUCACACCAAAAAUCCCCUCGGUCGAACGGAACGGUCGGCGCGUGCCCACCACCGUGAAAAUGGUCAAGUUCUUCGUCAAAACGUACGGAUCGAGCUGGGGUGGAAGUGGAAGUGAUUCCGGCUCAUCGCAAACGUGGUUCGAAAGCGCGAUCAUGAAACCCACCGACCCCGAAGCUGUUUCGUACGAAGACGGCCUUCACCCGCACGGCUGGUUUGAAGGACUCGCAGCACCCCACCCCAAAUUUCUGAACGAUUUCAGGGACACCGAUUUCCCCGGCACCGCGGUUCCGACCUCAUUCGACGCGAGGGCACGGUGGCAUGUGACGAACAACGCGCUGAAUACCCCUCGGGUGUGGCACGAAACCACUUGGAGAUCUGACGACAAGAACAGUGACAUCGUCGAAAGUCAGAGUGGGGAUGGAGUUGGGUUUGUUCAGUCACUCUCAGUAGAUGAUCGUCUUGUUAUCAUGGCACGCGCCAAAGCGCCAGGGUGGACUGAUACCAUAUUCAACGUGAAGAUCGAGGUUUAUUACACCCUCAAUUCCUCCUUUUAA